AUGAGUGGUCUCAAUGUCCUCAUCAUAGGCGCCGGCGUGUGCGGGCCAGCUCUGGCCUGCCUGCUCAGGCGCUCAAGCCCUCGUCACAAAAUCACAGUCGUCGAGCGCUGGCCCACACUCCGCGCGGCUGGACAGCAGAUCGACCUGAAUGAGAACGGGCUCCGCAUCCUGAAGAGGAUGGGACUACUGGAAGUGAUCAAGUCCAAAUGUGUUGAGGAGGCGGGCGUUGAGGUCUUCGACUCCAAGGGGAAGUCGGCAGGUCGUUUCGGCGUGACGCCUGCGGGAGAAACCAAGCGCGGGCUGACGUGCGAGUAUGAGAUCAUGCGGGGCGAUGUCGUGCAGGUUUUAUAUGAUGCGAGCUUGGAGCAGGAUGCCAAGGCCAGGGAAGAAGCAGCCGGGGGAGAGGGCGGUCUGACCUAUGCGUUCGACAAGACGGUCACGAACUUGGUUCAGGAUGACCAUGGGGCCAAUGUCACGUUCUCAGACGGGCAAGCGGAACGCUUCGACCUUGUCGUAGCUGCAGACGGGUUAGGAUCACGGACCAGGAAGGCCGUCUUCGGGCGAGAAGCCAGUGACGCAGCCUUCAGCUCGAUCGGUGUCCACGCCGCCUAUUUCAGCAUACCGCGCGUUGAGGGCGAAGACAACCUCGCCAAAGCCUACAGUGCACCGGGGCGCAGGAUCGUCAUGACGAGGACGAGCGGCCGGCCCAUAACCCAGGUGAUCCUGUUCACCAUGAGCGACGACACGGGCAGCCUGAAGGCAUGCUACAAGCAGCCCAUUGAGAAGCAGAAGCAGGCAUUUGCGGAGAAGUUCAAAGGCGCAGGCUGGGAGACAGAGCGCCUCUUGGCGGGGAUGGCCACCUGCGAGGACUUUUGGUCCUCCGAGGUUGCGCAGAUCAAGAUGGAUAGGCUGCACACGGGCCGGGUUGUGCUGCUCGGCGACGCGGGGUACUGUCCUUCCCCAUUUACAGGCAUGGGCACUGAAUGCUGCCUGAUCGGGGCGUACGUACUCGCGGGCGAGCUGGCAGAGCGGGCUGGCCGCAGCAACAGCAGCAACAGCGACGUCGUUGCAGGGGCGCUGCAGGCGUACGAGGAGAAGAUGCGAGCACCCGUCCGAGACCUGCAGAAGCUGCCGGGGAUGAGCACCGGCCUCUUCUUUCCGUCGUCUAGAAUUGGUGUCUGGCUCUUGCGGAAUCUGAUCUGGGCUUGGCUGCUGAAGGAUCCCACUUGA